UUAUUGAAUUUUUUGAAGUGGUUAUGAGGAAAGUUGACAAGGUUAAAGCAGUGGAUGUUGUCUAUAUGGACUUCAGUACGGCCUUUGACAAGGUUCCGCACGGAAGGUAAGUUAGGAAGGUUCAAUCGUUAGGUAUUAAUAUUGAAGUAGUAAAAUGGAUUCAACAGUGGCUGGAUGGGAGAUGCCAGAGAGUAGUAGUGGAUAACUGUUUGUCAGGUUGGAGGCUGGUGACUAGUGGUGUGCCUCAGGGAUCUGUACUGGGUCCAGUGAUGUUUGUCAUAUACAUUAAUGAUCUGGAUGAUGGGAUGGUAAAUUGGAUUAGUAAGAAUGCAGAUGAUACUAAGGUAGAUGAUGUUGUGAAUAAUGAAGUAGGUUUUCAAAGUUUGCAGAGAGAUUUAGGCCAGUUAGAAAAAUGGGCUGAAUUAUGGCAGAUGGAGUUUAAUGCUGCUAAGUGUGAGGUGCUACAUUUUGGUAGGAAUAAUCCAAAUAGGACAUACAUGGUAAAUGGUAGGGCAUUGAAGAAUGCAGUAGAACAGAGUGAUCUAGGAAUAAUGGUGCAUAGUUCCCUGAAGGUGGAAUCUCAUGUGGAUAGGGUGGUGAAGAAAGCUUUUGGUAUGUUGGCCUUUAUAAAUCAGAGCAUUGAGUAUAGGAGUUGGGAUGUAAUGUUAAAAUUAUACAAGGCAUUGGUAAGGCCAAAUUUGGAGUAUUGUGUACAGUUCUGGUCACCGAAUUAUAGGAAAGAUGUCAACAAAAUAGAGAGAGUAGAGAGACGAUUUACUAGAAUGUUACCUGGGUUUCAGCACCUAAGUUACAGGGAAAGGUUGAACAAGUUAGGUCUUUAUUCUUUGGAGUAUAGAAGGUUGAGGGGGGACUUGAUAGAGGUAUUUAAAAUUAUGAGGGGGAUAGAUAGAGUUGAUGUGGAUAGGCUUUUUCCAUCAAGAGUAGGGGAGAUUCAAACAAGAGGACAUGAGUUGAGAGUUAGGGGGCAAAAGUUUAAGGGUAACAUGAGGUGGAACUUCUUUACUCGGAGAGUGGUAGCUGUGUGGAACAAGCUUCCAGUUGAAGUGGUAGAGGCAAGUUUGGCAUUGUCAUUUAAAGUAAAAUUGGAUAGGUAUAUGGACAGGAAAGGAAUGGAGGGUUAUGGGCUGAGUGCGGGUCACUGGGACUAUGCGAGUAAACGUUUGGCAUGGACUAGAAGGGCCGAGGUGGCUUGUUUCCGUGCUGUAAUUUUGUUAUAUGGUUAUAUGGUCUUUUAAUCAACACUUUCAUAUGAUGUGAUUUGAUCUCUUUCCAAACCUAUUCUUGUGUUAAUAUAUGUAUGGAGUUUCGGAGCUGGUGACACUAUUGUCCUAUUAUUUUUUUUGAUGCUAUAAACAGCCCAUGUCCUUUUCUUAUUUUUUUUUAUUAGUUAGGUAUUGGUUAGUUUAAUUUUUUUGGGGGGAUCUAUUUUUUUUCUU